CUAACAAUCAAAACAUGGCAUUUUUCAAAAAUUUUCAACAAAAUCUGAGUCUUCCUUCUAUGUCUUCUCUGGUUGACACACUCAGUAAUGCUGUAGAUGAUCUAACCAGUGCUGUUGGAGAUGUCAGCUAUACAGUAGCUGACUCAGUUACAGAACAGGUAACAAGUAUGAUCAACAGCCUUCGGACAGAUGAUACUGCUACCGCCCAAGAAGAUAAAUCUAUAGUAGAUAAAGAGGAAAAUAAAGAGAAAGAAGACUUGAAAAAUGUUACCUUUCCAAAAGAUACUAGGCAGAACUGCAGUACAUAUAGAACAGACGCAUCCCUUAAUAAAGAACUAAAUCAAGAAUUGCAUGCUGUAGUAGAACAAAAUGAGGGCCUGUUACAUAAAAAAGCAAAACAAAGAUCACCAGGACUUGACUUCAAAAACACCAAAGAAGUGCACAGUUUUGAUUCCAGGAAUUCAGAAAAAAAUGAAGAGCAAACUCCAAAAUUGCAGAAGUUAAAGUCUAAAAAAGCUCAUGGGGUUCAUGAUGUAAAAGAAAAGAAAUGCAAACCAUUUUCGGAUGGCCACAGACAGUCUGUAACAAAGCAGGAAGAAAAUGCACCAUCUAUUCUUUCAAAAGAAAGUAAAAAGGAAAAGGCUAAGCAAUCAGAAUGUUUUUCAAAAGAAGUGAGUAGUAAGAAGACACCAGAAAAAGACAACUCAUACAUAAAUAAAGAUCAACAUGGUUCAUCAUCUGAAAGUGAAGAUGAGGCACUGGGUAAAUAUCACGAAGCCUUAUCCAGAACACAAAGUUCAAGGCCACCAGCAGGCGAUAACAGACAACAGAAAAACUAUAUUUGGGAAACCAGACAAAAAUAUAGCCCUCUGUCUGCAGAGUAUGAUGGGUACAGUAGUGAAGCCUCAAUAGAUGAAGCAAACUGCAUUCAGAGAAUGAGACAAACACCUCCUCUUGAUGAAUUGCAGCCCCCACCGUACCAAGAUGAUAGCGGCUCCCCGCAUCUCUCAUGCACGCCCUCCGAAGUUGGUGACAGCAAAUGUGAAUUCUCUCAGUGUAGCAACAGUCCAAGAUGCUCAUAUAAAUGCCCAAGCGAAGGGAGCACUGGGCAUGAAAUAGAAAGCUUCCAUAACAAAGGAUAUGAAGAAGAUGUACCCAGUGACAGCACUGCAGUCCUUAGCCCAGAGGAUCUGUCAGCUCGAGGAUCAUCAUCACAGCUCCCUAAAUCUUUUGAUCCUGAACCAGAAGCUAAGUAUGGCACCCUGGAUGUGACUUUUGAUUACGACUCGCAGGAACAGAGGCUUCUGAUAACAGUGACAGCUGUCACAGACAUUCCAAAUUAUAGCAGGACAAGUGGAAGUUUAUGGCAAGUACACCUGGUUCUUCUUCCUAUCAAGAAGCAGAGAGCAAAGACCAGCAUCCAGCGGGGUCCAUGCCCUGUCUUCACUGAGACAUUUAAAUUUAAUCAUAUUGAGUCUGAGAUGAUUGGGAAUUAUGCAGUGCGCUUUAGACUGUACAGUAUACGCCGUGUAAAAAGAGAGAGGAUUUUGGGAGAAAAGAUAUUUUACUUAACCAAAUUAAAUCUUCAAGGGAAGAUGUCGGUACCAGUGACAUUGGAGCCAGCGUACCCUAUUUCCGGCUGCGACUCCCAAAUGAGCAUGUCAGAAAUGUCCUGCAGUGAAAGUACCUCCUCCUGUCAGUCUCUGGCACAUGGCUCAGCUCCAGAAAUCCUCAUUGGACUGCUUUAUAAUGCCACAACUGGAAGACUAGCAGCAGAAGUGAUAAAAGGCAGCCACUUCAAAAACCUGGCAGCAAACAGACCACCCAACGGACUGUUCUGUUGUCUAAAACACUUGAUAGGUGGACAGGUUUAUAUAAUACGAGAUACGUUUGUUAAGCUGACGUUGCUGAAUUCUAUGGGCCAAGAGAUGUCCAAAUGCAAGACAUCUAUCCGAAGAGGGCAACCGAACCCAGUCUACAAAGAGACCUUUAUUUUCCAGGUGGCACUGUUUCAGCUUUCUGACGUUACACUCAUAUUGUCUGUGUACAAUAAACGCAGCAUGAAACGAAAGGAAAUGAUAGGCUGGAUUUCUUUAGGUUUGAACAGUUCUGGCGAAGAGGAACUAAAUCACUGGACUGAGAUGAAGGAAUCCAAAGGACAACAAGUAUGUAGGUGGCACUCGUUGUUAGAAUCUUAAUGAGUAGUUGCGGCUCCACGUAAUGUCAGGAUUCCACGAGGCUGCCCCGCAGGUGCAACCAAGAGAAAGUGUUGCAGAAGUUACAAUUCAACAUUCCACUUUUACAGAUGCACAAAAUGCCGUGGAGCAGAAUUUACUUUUGCAUCUUCAGUUGACACCACUGAGUUGAGGUGACAUGCACUGGACGCAGGAGAAAGAGCAAUCCCAAGUCCUUAUUUUGAUGCUUUCAGGAUUGUUUUGGUUCACAUCUCAGUUUUCCAUUUAACUAAUAGGUAUUUUGUGUAAAUCAUCUACUAUUGCAAAAUUCUCUGAUUGUGUUUGUUUUCUUAGAGGUGCUAUGCUGUGUUAUAUAUGACUUGUCAAGAAGCAGAUUUAGAGAGCUGGGGGAGUAGUUAAAUAGUGGAACACAAAAAUUAGAGUGUCGGCACACAGUAGUUGGAACAUUGCUUCCCCACCCCCUUAGGAACUUAACAUUUCCUUAACGGAGUUUAAUUUUGAAGAACAACAUGCAAGAGCACUCCUGCAUGUUGACUGCUUAUCAGAUACACAAACAGCUCCUCUGUGGUGCCUGCUUUAGGCUGGGGGUUGUAACUCCCUAUUCUCUCCCAAGAGCGGAAGUUGUUCGAAUGAUGAAUCACUGCUAAUGGUGUGCAUAAACCCAUCACAGUUCAUCCCUGGCAAACACCUUUUUGUGUUGUUUCAGGAGCUUACAGACUUGUUUGACUGGUGGCAGCAGUGAGAGAAAAGAAAAAUGUGUGUGUACACUAUGGGAAGGGAAGCCUCUCUCAAAAAACUUUCUGCUCUCUUGAACUAUUGUGAGAGUGCCAAUUUACCAUGCAGGAUCCUCUUGCGUGUCAUUUCCUUGGAUCUGUCAAAUCAGGUCUCAAUAUUUUUGGCAUUGAUCAAAUUGUCUUUGAGUCCACCUCAGGAAUAAUCUCCGCUUUAUGUCAUGCAGCGAUCAUUUUUUGUUUUACGGAUCCCUCACAGGCCUAUUUAGACAGGUUGAAAACACAGGAUCUAAAGAGCUGCACAACUAAUUCAAUGCGCCUAAGGGAGCUUUAGACGUGUGUUUCUCAAAUAGCAGCCCUCCAUGCUUUGAAACUGAGAGGAAUUUUCACAGUAUGGAGGUCUAUUUAAAAAAAAAAAUAAUUCACUGCAUGAACAGAAGUACCAGGACACAACUAAAGUCACCCUAUUUCCCCCAGUAGUAGAGCAUGGUUGAAACCCUCUGAGCAGUUUCUGGCAAGUCUCACUGAUACCAGUGGUAUUUUUGUUUAGGUAGCAGACUGCAGGACUACAGCUGAUAACUUUACUAAAAUUUCUUUGUCAUUAAAUCAGUUGGUCUUUAUAUGAACCUUGUAUUACAAACCUUUGAAAAUUCAAAGGUGAUAAAAUCUAAGGAUUAAAACAGCUGGGAAUAAGGACUUGGGUAAUCUUAGAUAAUAAAUAAGGGAAAUAAACUUCUAUGACAUCUGUCAAUUUAUUUAACCUCAGCAAUGUGUUAAUCAUAAUAUAAAUCUUGGAAAGGCAGCUUCAUGCAUUGAAGCACAAAGGAAAGUAUGACUAGAGUCUGCUAGUUUUAAAGUUCUUGCAAUAAAUUGUUUCACCGCUUUCUGUUUCAACUACUGGUGAAUUUCAGGGAUUCUGUGUGAUACUGAAGCUUUCCUUGAGGAUGAGGUUGGCAUCAUGAUUAAAAAUUAGUACAGUUUAAAUAAGCACCUAGAACUUCUAUUAUGCAUAUCUGAGGAGGGAAUCUUUAUCUGUUGCAAGUGUUGUCAGAGCUCAUGAAUUCCUAGUUAAGUGCCAGAUUCAGUUAAGAUUUCUGGAUGAGGUGAGUCUGUGAAAAAAGAUUCAUAUUUCCUUUAUUUAUUUAGAGUGAGCUGAUUGAGAAAGUGCAUAUUUAUCACCGUUUUCUUCACAAUAUUUUUGAAUGCCGCUAAGUUUGAGAUCCAGUUUUUGCAUGAAUGGAUACAAGUGCAUCAUAUGAAAUAUGUGCAAUGUUCCCAGUCUCAAAAUUCUUAAGAACCUCCUUUAAAAUUCCCAGCUGUUGUCUUGAAAUUGUUAUUCAGUGCCUUUCAUGUUCCACCACUUAAAUUUGUAAUUGUAAUGCGAUGCUGAACUGGAUGAUUUAAGUCUUGAUUGAUUUAAAGAUUUACCAAAUGAA